AUGGCGGGUAUAGAUGAUGCAGAGCUUCCACUGAAGUGUUCAAUAUGUAAACAUGUGUAUGAUGUCACCGAUAGAUUACCAAAGUAUCUUCCGUGUCUACAUACACUCUGUGUACUUUGUCUCGCUGGCCAUGUUGGUAAAAUAUUCCAAUGUCCCGGAUGUAAACAUGAAAGUAACAUUCCCAAACGAAUUGAAGUAAUUCCAACCAAUUUUGCAUUUGUAAAUUAUAAUCAAUUACUUUGUCACCAGAAUCAGAUCAAACACGGCAAAUUGCUAAUGCAUAAAAGCUGUUGCCGUAACAAACAAACACUGAAUGUUUCACAUUGUUCGAAUUCUGAGGCGUAUCUUUGCCAAAGUUGUCAUGACAACCAUAUUUAUAUUGAAUCUUUGAGCACACAUGAAGUGAAAACCAUUGAAGAAUUAAAACAUUUAUCAGACGAGUCGCUUAUCUCAUUCUUUCAUCGUAAACAAUUCAGUUCAAAAGGGCAGGGUCAUACCGAUCAGCAAAUAACCCUGUACUGUGAUCAUCGCAAUUGUCAGUCGCCAAUCUGUCUGCAGUGCGCCCUCUUAGAACAUAAUACGCUUAAUCACCAGCCAAUCAACACUGAGAAAGCAGCGUGGAAGUACAAGGAAAUAAUCAACGGCAAACUUGACAAAGCAAUCGAUAAAACUAGGGAGAUAUCUCUUCAAAUUAAUCAAAUUAAUCAAGAAUUAUCUAACCUUAAAGAUAACACUACAAAACAAAUAACAGAUGUUGAUAAUUUCUUCAAUGAUUUAAUCAAAAAAAUCAACAGUAGAAAACAACAGUUGGUCUGUGAAAUUGAGAAGCAACACGACGUAAUAGAAACACCGCUCAUUAUUGAUAAACACAAACUACAAAUGAGACAACAUAUCGUCGACACUUCUGUGAAAUUCACAGAAUUCACACUAAAAUAUGACAGUGAUGUGGAACUAUUGACAACUAAAUACGAUGUAUGCAGUCAACUAGACAAGGUCUCAUCACAAACAAUACCGGAUCACAAAUCAACGACAGAACAGUUCCCACGAUUCUUUCAUCCCAAGAGUGUAAAUCUAAAUGUGGUAAAUCAUACAGUGUUUAUUGGGUCUCUAGGAAAGAUAAGUUGUGACUUUAUCAAGGUUGAUGCAGUUAUUGGCAAAAAAUGUAAUUUCACUCAAACCCCAUGUGAUAUUAAUGGUAAGAAACUGUGUGUAUCUGCAAUUCCUGUAGAAGUCACACUAAAUGACCCUGAUAACCGAAAUGUUGUCACCACUACUGAAGACAAUGGCGAUGUGACUUACACGGUAAUGUAUAUACCAGAGAGCGGGGGUAAACACCACGCGGCUGUUACGUUAUACAGUACGCCGAUAGAGGGCAGCCCAUACAUCAUCAAUGUAAAACCAGCAAAAAAGAUCAAGUGUGACGUUAAUACACAUGGGAGAAUGGUUAAUAUGAAUUUACAACAACCAUUCGUUAUCUCGCAGACUGUGGUGACAUGGAAGCCUUACCUGUCAUAG